UGUGCCCAAGAUAAACUGUUCUUCAUUAACAGCGAGUUGCAGCUGAAUUGCGAGUCUUGAUGGUCUUGAUGAGGAGAAUUGUGAUUCAUGACGAGUUAAAAUGAACUGUUUAAUCGCGUGAGGCUCGUGUGUUGUUGAGUUGAACCGAAUUUUCUUGGUUAUUAGUUGGGUCGAAUUGGUUCAGAAUGAAGCUGUUGGCCCAAAGUUCAGCUACUAUUUUAGGCUAUAUAGCUAGAUAUAUAUAGAAUACUGCAAAUCAAAGUCCACGUCUUUGCGAAUCUGGUCUAGUCCAGGUCCUCAGUCCAGAAUUUUACAUGUUUAAACACAAACAAUAUUGUACCUGUGGACGAAUUGAAGUAUUUCCAGUUAAACUUCCGUCAUCUGUCCAUACUCUGAGCAUUGCUUCAGUGGUUGCGCGAUGCGAAACAUCAUACGCAAAUUGACACAACCCAACCACUUGCUCGCUUAACACUUGUGAUACAGAUGGCAAGAGAAAUUUCUCGACGAUUAAAAGCAAUUUAAAGCUAGCAAUUUACAAAGGAAGGAAGCAAGACCACGAGAAGUCAAAAAGGCAAGCAAAGGAUCUCAAACUAUUUAAAACGUCCAAACAAAAUGUCGAAAAUGUGGAUACUAAUUCAUUUUCUUCUGAUUUUUGUUGACGCGAAUGCACGAGAGACGGAUAAAAUCGUAACAGACGGAGACAUCAUCCUUGGUGGACUCUUUCCCAUACACAAGGAGGGCGAUAAAGAAAACAUCUGCGGGGAAUUCAAUGAAAUCCCUGGGUACCAGUACAUGGAAGCGAUGCGAUACGCCGUGGAGAAGAUCAACAACCGGACUGACCUGCUUCCCGGAAUAAAACUUGGUACGAUCAUCUACGACACUUGCCGAAGUCCUACGAUUUGCGCAGACAAAACCAAGGAGUUCAUUCAGCUCACGUUGAGCGAGAACAAAGCGAAAAGCCGACUUGCGGGAAUCAUCGGCCCAUUCGUCAGCGGAAAUUCAAAAAUCGUUGGCAGUUUCUUGCGCGUGUUCGAAAUUCCGCAGAUAAGCUACGCGUCUCUUUCGGUUGAACUCAGUAACAAGGACAUCUAUAAUUACUUUUUCCGGACAGUCCCCCCCGACAGCUUUUUCGCGGAAGCGCUCGCUCAGUUGUUGGAGAGAAUGGGUUGGAAUUACGUGUCGUUGAUUUACUCCAAAGGAACGUACUCGGAGACUGGGGCCCAGGAAGUUAUAAAAGCCAUGAAGAAACGAAAGAUAUGCUUGGCGAAAAAGUUUCGUUUGACGCGAUUUCCGAAGAAACCCGAGUAUCAACGAGUGAUCGCCGAGGUCGCCGCGGCGAAGGAAGCGAACGUGGUGGUCUUUGUUACGAUUCAACGAGACUCCAGGGCACUGCUCGAUGCAAAACGGGGUCAACCUCUGGCCAAGAGGCUCUUGAUCGUGGGCAGCGUUGCCUGGAGCAACCGAGAUGACAUCACCAAUGGCCUGGAAUCAACCGCGGACGGCACGAUAACUUUCUCCCACCGGGAGGGGGAAAUGACCGACUUUGAAACGCAUUUCCGUUCGUUAAAUCUGACCAGCUACAAUGCCAGCUACAAAAACUGGUUCCAUGAAUUUUGGCAAAAGCAGUUUAAAUGCUGUUUCAACGAUUCUUCCGUCUCUUUAUGUAAAAAGUAUCCUAAUAUUUGUACUGGAAAAGAAAGUCUACUUUCCACGCAUAUGGAAAUCGCCCCGGUUCGUGUGGUAAUAAACGCAGUAAAUGCAAUGGCCUAUGCCUUAGAUAACAUGCGCAAGGCUGUUUGUCCAAAUGCCAAAGGCAUGUGUGAGGCGAUGCGAGAACUAAAGCGAACGGUUCUUCACAAAUUUUUGAAAAACGUCACCUUCCCCGAUUCGUCGUUCGGCUGGCCAAUCAAAUUCGACCAAUACAACGAGGUCGAGGGAAACUACACCGUGCUGAACUUCCGGGCAUCAAAAGACACGGAGACAAAUGACGAGGGGGAAAAAGGCCCGGUAUACACUUACGACCUGGUCGGAACUUGGGUUGGAAGCAUCGCAGCAAAUGGCAAGAUUAGCGGCCAAUUUGACAUGAAUAUAUCGGACAUUCGCUGGGUUAACGAAAACGCCUCGCGACCAUCAUCGAUAUGCAGCGUAGCGUGCAGCGAAAAGCACAUCACCGUGCAUCGACCCGGAGACGCGAGCGAGUGCUGCUGGGAUUGCAAGACGUGCCCGAAGCGUGAAAUCAUUACAAAUAACACGUGCGUCCCAUGCCGUGUCGGAUUCGUGCCGAACGAGCCGUUGUCGAAAUGUUCAAAGUUGACAUUGAUAUACGUGGAUAUUAAUUCCCCCAUCGCAGUUACGCUGAUAAUCAUCUCCAUCAUCGGUAUUCUGGCAGAUUUUGCAGUGCUCGGAGUGUUUUUUGUGAACCGUCACGAACCGCUCAUAAAAGCGUCGGGUCGGGACAUGUGUUACAUCAUACUUUUCGGCAUAUUCAUGAUAUUUCUCGUCCCAAUCACCUCGCUGGCAAAGCCCACGGCCGGCCUGUGUUAUUUCGCCAGGUUCUUGAUGGGCGUUUCUUACACGACGUGCUACGCGCCGCUGUACAUGAAAAUUUGGCGCAUCUAUCGAAUAUUCAAAAGCUCACACGAGAUGAAACGUAUAACGGGUCUCAUUGGUCGGAGGUCGCAGUUCCUCACGACGUUCGGGCUCAUCGCCAUUCAAAUCUUGUUCUUCAUUUUGAUAUCGAGCACCAACCCCCCGGAUCUGAUGGAAAAGUUCUACGCCGACAGGGAGGAGCUACACCUCGAGUGUUACAUUACGUCGUCGGUGUUCAUCGCCUACCUGUCGUACAACGUCGUACUCAUGCUGCUCUGCACAGUCUACGCGUUCCUCACACGACAAUUUCCGAAGAACUUCAACGAGGCCAUGUACAUCGGCGUGACGAUGUACCUCACGUGCGUGGUCUGGGUCGUGUUUCUCGCGAGUUUCCUCAACGUUGACGACAGCAUAAAGCGCGUGUACUGGAUCUGCGGAGCGAGCGUUGUGAUUGGUUGGAUUACGAUGCUGGGACUUUUCGCGCCAAAGGUUUAUCACGUAUUCACGAAAAAGAACGUGGACGAAAGCGCUUUGAUCACGUGGAGAAAUUCCGUCCUAAAACGCCUGGCAAGUGGAGGCAGCACUACAGAUGAGCCAACGUCACCCGGUCUCGUUAUGCCCAACCCAUUAGCCUUUCAUGGUGGAGAAAAACUUCAGUUAAGCGUUCCUAAACGACUGUUGAGUGCCUCGGACAAUCACGACAAACGAAACAGCAAACUAUAAGACGCAUGCGUACACGCAUGCAAAGGGUUUGGUUAACUUGUAAAAAACUAACGACAUAGAGACGGUUCUGGUUUUGAUAGAGAUCUGUGGGUUGUAUACGACUUCUGUUCAUCAAACAAUCCUGUUUUGGAACGCAGCUGUUGUAAUCUAAUCGUAGUUGAUGUAUUUAUUUUAGCCCUACACUUUGCAGUGUGCAGGAACGUAACACGUGCUUAAACGCAGCUCGCGACCCCCGUCCUUGGCUACGUUCCUGUCUCUGUUGUAUGUUUUCUAAUUUUCAUGUAGCCAUUUUGCAUCGUAUCGCUGAACUGCCGAACCAUUCACAAAUAAAUCGCAAUAGCACUAUAUCAAUAUCCUCUACCAACCCAAGCUUUUUAGGCUAAAAAGAGCUAUAUAUAUCUAUAUAUUAAAGUUUAGACUUUUAGUAAAGAACAGAUAGAGAAAAGAGCUACAUAUUUCUAUAUAUUAAAAGUUCAGAAUGU